AUGCUCAAUGACCAGGCAGGAACACUCAAGGCCCUCCCAGAGGCAGCCAUGACCGCUCCAGAGGUGCACCGUUGCAUCUCUAAUACUAAGGACCCCAUGCUUCACUCCGCUACUCCCUCCAUUGGCCCAACUACCUUAACACCGACCUCUCCUGCUCCCACUAAUGUCAGUGCUUCCUCCUCAAGCCUUCCCACCUCCCCAAGUCCCUCAACUCCACAGAUCUUACCCCCAGUAAUGUUUGAACAGCAGAACAAACCAAUGACUCAGUUAUGCAUAUGGCAGCAAAAUCUCAACAACUCGCUCAUUGCCCAACACUCCCUGCUAAAUGGCCCAAUCGCUCGUGACUGGGACAUUAUAGCACUCCAGGAGCCACACAUGAAUUCUAUGAAAAACACAAUCUCUUCCCCCUUCUUUCAUGCUAUCUACCCGUCCACCUGCUUCUCCUCUCCAAAGUCCAAAUCACGUACAAUACUCUUCCCUUCACCUGAUGUUGUCGUUAUCCAAUUCCAAGGCUCCUUCGGUCGCUGUAUGGUAUUCAAUAUCUACAAUGACUGUGUCCACACAAAGACCCAGGAUGUGCUGGCAUCCUUCCUUGACUGUGAAGCUGCAUGUCUGCGCCCCACGGCAGACAAUCAUAUGAUCUGGCUAGGGGACUUUAACAAACAUCACUUAUUAUGGGAUGAAGACCAUAACACACACUUAUUCACUAAUCAUUAUCUAGACGCAGCGCAACCACUCCUUGACCUUCUUGCAGACUAUGGCAUGCUGGUGAUGCUCCCAAAAGGUCUACCUACCUGUCAUAUCUCACAUUCUGGACCUACAUCCAACAAUGUUUCCACACAUAUUACAGUGACCUAUCUCCGUAUAAUACGAGGGAACGGACAUGCAUAA